AUGUUACACUUUUACGCGUUUACAAAAAGACUCUUUCAGCAUUUUCUGUCUCUGAAUCUUGGACCAAAGAGCUCGGUCUGGGACCAGCAGACCCCCUUUUCCCCCUGUUUCUCCUGGGCUUCUCUGGCUACCACCAGCAUACCAGACAUUUCUCUAUCAGUCACAGCCAUUGACAACAGAGGAGGAGGAGGAGGAGGCAACAACGAGAAGACUGUUACAAAGGGCCUUCAACAUGCUGCAGCAGCUAUGCUUUGUACAGUUUGUUUACAUGCACAUGACAUUAUGCAAGAUUUAUCAUUCUUCGGCGUCUUCUUCUCUGUUUUUCAGUUUUUAGUUUCACUUCUUUUUAAUUGGUACUCCUGCAUAUUUCCGGUACACUAUGCAUCCGACACGACAAAAUGA